AUGCCGUCCCCAAAGAGCAGCUCGCCCAAGUUGUCGCCGCCCAAAACUGAGAACGACGACGGCAGGCCCGACGACGUGAUCGAAGCCGAGGACGGGCUCGUCGAGGAGGACGAGUUUCUCGCCGAGGGCUGGGACGCCUCGUCGUCAAACGCAUCGACAUCCGUCACGUCGAGCGUUUACCAGCACGCCUACGAGAAUGGGCGGCGCUACCACGCCUACAAACACGGCCGAUAUCCGAUCCCGAACGACGACCUCGAGCAGAGCAGAGAAGACAUGAAGCACGCCAUGAUGAUGGAACUGACAGACGGCAAAUUGUUCCUCGCGCCCAUCGGCGACAACCCGCGGAAAAUCAUCGACAUUGGCACCGGCACGGGCAUGUGGGCCAUCGAGAUGGGAGACCACUUCCCCGGCGCCGAGAUCCUCGGCCUCGACCUGUCGCCGAUCCAGCCGCAAUGGGUGCCGCCCAAUGUGCGCUUCAUAAUAGACGACGUCGAGGACGAGUGGGCGAGCGGGUCCGGGUGGGACUUUGCGCACUUUCGGACCAUGGCGCUGGUCCUGCGGGAUCUGCAGAAGGCCGUCGACCAGACUUUUCGCCACCUCAAGCCCGGCGGGUGGGUCGAGUUCCAAGAGUCGUACGGCAUGCCCUUCUGCGACGACGGCAGCAUGGACGAGGAGCGCGACGUCAUGAAGCAGUACUUUGCGCUGUGCGGCGAGGCCAUGGCGCGCUUCGGCCUGCAGCUCGACCUGGGCUCGCGCGUCGGCGAGUACCUGGAGCGCGCGGGCUUUGUUAAUGUCGCGUGCGUGCGCAAGAAGCUGCCCGUGGGCACGUGGCCGCGCGACAAGACUCUGCGCCUUAUUGGUCUUUACGUGCGCGAGGCGCUCGCGCAGUCGACGGCGUCGCUUGUGAAGGUCUUUGCGGGUAUCGGCAUGUCCGAGACGGAGCGCGAAGUCUGGGCCGCAAGGGUCCGCGAAACGGCUAGAGAUAGUAGCAUUCACCGGUACUGCUAUUACUAUUUCUGGUACGGGCAGAAGCCUGAGGAGAGCGACGGUGCAUAG